ACUCCCUGUGUGUGUGAGGACAGCUGAGCUCCGCUGAGGAUGGGUAAAAGGGUGUGGACGCGCUCACUCACCAGCCCCCAGAGAGGCCACAUAGUCUGAAGAACCAACCUCCCAGCACGCCACUCACUCAGAAAGCACCUGAGUCUGUGGUCCUCAUGACAGGUGACACAAGCCCCCAAAGGCUGAGUAGGCCCAACUAUGGCUCCAUCUCCAGCCCGCCCAGCCUGGGGCCACAGCAAGCACCUCCCGGAGGGACCAACCUGAAUGAGAAGAUCCCUAUCCCGGACGCCAAACCGGGUGUGUUCAGCCUGCGGAAGCUGUGGGCCUUCACGGGGCCCGGCUUCCUCAUGAGCAUCGCUUUCCUGGACCCAGGAAACAUUGAGUCAGAUCUUCAGGCUGGCGCUGUGGCUGGAUUCAAACUGCUCUGGGUGCUGUUGUGGGCCACGGUGUUGGGCUUGCUCUGCCAGCGACUUGCUGCCCGGCUGGGUGUGGUGACAGGCAAGGACUUGGGCGAGGUCUGCCAUCUCUACUACCCUAAGGUGCCCCGCACCCUCCUCUGGCUGACCAUCGAGGUAGCCAUCGUGGGCUCGGACAUGCAGGAAGUCAUCGGCACAGCUAUUGCAUUCAGUCUGCUCUCAGCUGGACGAAUCCCACUCUGGGGUGGCGUCCUCAUCACCAUCGUGGACACUUUCUUCUUCCUCUUCCUCGAUAACUAUGGGUUGCGGAAGCUGGAAGCCUUUUUUGGAUUCCUUAUUACCAUUAUGGCCUUGACCUUCGGCUAUGAGUACGUGGUGGCGAGACCUGAUCAGGUAGCAGUUCUUCGGGGCCUGUUCCUGCCUUCGUGCCCUGGUUGCGGCCGGCCCGAGCUGCUGCAGGCCGUGGGCAUCGUUGGCGCCAUCAUCAUGCCCCACAACAUCUACCUGCACUCGGCCCUGGUCAAGUCUCGAGAGGUAGAUCGGACCCAUCGGGCAGACAUCCGAGAAGCCAAUAUGUACUUCCUGAUCGAAGCCACCAUUGCCCUGUCUGUCUCCUUCUUCAUCAACCUCUUUGUUGUGGCUGUCUUUGGGCAAGCCUUCUACCAGCAAACCAACCAGGCUGCGUACAACAUCUGUGCCAACAGCAACCUCCAUGACUAUGCCAAGAUCUUCCCCAUGAACAACCUUACAGUGGCGGUGGACAUAUACCAAGGAGGCGUGAUCCUCGGUUGCCUCUUCGGCCCUGCAGCGCUCUACAUCUGGGCGGUGGGUCUUCUGGCCGCUGGACAGAGCUCCACCAUGACCGGCACCUACGCGGGACAGUUUGUGAUGGAGGGCUUCCUGAAGCUGCGGUGGUCACGCUUUGCCCGGGUCCUGCUUACUCGCUCCUGCGCCAUCCUGCCCACCGUGCUGGUGGCCAUCUUCAGGGACGUGAGGGACCUGUCAGGCCUCAACGACCUGCUCAACGUGCUGCAGAGCUUGCUGCUUCCUUUCGCUGUGCUGCCCAUCCUCACGUUCACCAGCAUGCCAGCCCUGUUGCAGGAGUUUGCCAGUGGCCGGGUGAGCAAGGCCAUCACUUCCUCCAUUAUGGUGCUGCUCUGUGCCAUCAACCUUUACUUCGUGGUCAGCUACCUGCCCAGCCUUCCCCACCCUGCCUACUUCAUCCUCGUAGCACUGCUGGCUGCAGUUUACCUGGGCCUUACCACCUACCUGGUCUGGACGUGUCUCAUCGCCCAUGGAGCCACUCUUCUGGCUCACAGUUCCCACCAACACUUUCUGUAUGGGCUUCCUGAAGAGGAUCAGGGAAAGGGGAAGACCUCUGAAUGAGCUUCUUUCCAAGGCCUGGCCAGGAGUGGAAUGAGUGGAGCAGACUGGCUUGCUGUUUUGGAGGGUGGAGGUGGAGAGGGAGACGUGUGGAGGCAGCAAGAUGGGGGAGGCGUAGUUUUGGAAGCAGAUCAACCUGGGUUCCAUAGAGACCUGCUGUCUCCUAGCUUGGAUAAGUAAUUAACCUCCAGAUCUCAGUGUCCUGGUCUGUAACAUGAGGACAACACCAACCUUGCAACGGAUAUAAAGCACUUUAACACAGAGUCUGGCACUUGAGACUAAAAAAAGAAGAAGAAAUUCCAGAAGUUUUUAUUGAGCACCUAUAGAAGUGGCCUGACAGACCGACCCAACUGGGGGUGGGACACAGGCUCCAAACUGGUACUUAAAAUAGUCUGAUGAAUGUUAAAUAAAUGCUAAUUCACUUCCUAUCCAAAA